AUGUACUUCCUGGACAACCCCUCUCUGCUGGACCUCAGUGUGACCUGUGGCACUGUGCCCCAGAUGCUGGCCAAGCUCUGGGGACCACACAAGACAAUUGCUGCCUGGGCUUGCAUCACACAGGGCUAUAUUCUUAACUGGACUGCCUCUGCUGAAUGCAUCCUAUUGGCCAUGAUGUCCAUUGAUCACUAUGUGGCCAUCUGCUGGCCCCUCCAGUACACUGUCAUCAUUUGUCCCUGGGCAUGUGUGCAUAUGGCAGCUCCCUCCUGUUCCAGCAGGCUCCUGAAUUCCCUGCUCCAAACCACUCUCACCCUCCAGCUCCCCCUCUGUAGACAGCAUACUCUGGACCACUUCUGUGAACUGCCUGUGCUCAUCAAGCCAGCCUUUGGGGAAACCACUGCUAAUGAGCUGGCCCUGGUUAUUGGACCCAUUCCUUUUGCAAGGAUGGCUCCCAUGCUGGUGGUCACCUCUGACACCUUCAUUGCCAGGGCUCUACUGAAACUACCUUCAGCUGAAAGCAGGCACAAGGCACUCAGCACCUGUAGUUCCCGCUUGCUUGUGGUCACCAUGUACUUUGCUUCUGCCAUGUAUGUGCAACUCCAGCCUCCAGAAAAAUCACACUCAGGCAAAGUUCAUGUCCUUCUACUGUUAUUACCCCAGUCCUCAACACACUCAUCUAUACCCUGA